AUGUACAUCAACCAAUUUGCAGGAACAUGGCAGUACUUUCUGGAUGAGCUAGGAGCGUAUUUGAACUACUAUUCCGACUUGGCAUUUUUUGCUGGUGCUGCUUAUGAUCAAGUUGGUGACGGCGUGCGCGAUAAUGAUGUCGUUAGCGCCGGAGUCCCAUCGCAUAUAUUUUUCGUUUUAUUGCGUUGCCAAAGUGGAGCGCCAAUUCGAGGGACCUUAUGCAAAGAUGUUCUCUUUCUUCCCUAUAUAUUGCCAGUAGCUGAUCGCAACUUAAAUUGCUUGACGUCUCGUGAGUACCUUUUUGAUAAUACAGCUCGACUGCGCGACAUUGAACUGCUUACUGGAAUGCAAUUUUUCACGGAUCGCCAGAUCUGGUCGACUUCAGAAGCACUCCAGCUGCGAACCUGGUUGCCUCAAAGUCUGUGGUCUGUCCAGUGA